AUGUUGGUUUUUCGAUACAGGACUCUGAGUUUGGGCAGGUAUAACGAUCAAAAAUAUCUUAAGGGAAAUCUGAGUCCGAAAGUCUACGGUACUCUUUACACAAAAGGGAAUCGCUCAACUGUAACAUGCUUUCGGUGCCUAGCUGCCAUGCUAUCUGAAGGAAGCAUGAGGGCUGGGAUGCUGCCAGGUCGCCCAAGCCCAGACAGGGGCGGUCGAGAUGUCGGGUUCGAACCAUGGAUAUUCCGUCCGUACCAAUCCUCACAAAAUGUUCCCAGCUUUGCAGAGAUAAAAAAGAUAAAUAGAAAAGAUAAUCAUUCAGUUGUAACACUUUAUCGGUGCCUAGCUGCCAUACCGCUUGAAGGAAGUACGAGGGCUGGAAUACUGCCAGGUUGCUCAAGCCUAGACAAGGGAAGUCGAGAGACAGAGGUCGUGAACCACAGACAUUCCGGUCAGUAA